UCUGGUCAUAGAGGAAGAGGUUGCUGCUCUUGUCAGGGAUUUGUUUUCUAGGCUCUGUUCCUGUAUCCUGCCAUAUCCUGUGCCACAGCAAGGUGUACAUCAGCAGGAAUGGGUAUGAUAUACCAGCUACCGGGAUGCUGGCUGAUCAGUAUACCAACAGCGGCAUCCAGUCUGCCGGUUUAAUAGAAGAAAGUCCCCUCGCAGGGUCGCUACAUUCCCCACAUUCCGGCCCGAUGGUGAGACCCGAGUAGGAAUUAUGGAUGGGUAUCGGCAUUCUGACUGCCGGUAAUACGUCAGCUGUCAGGAUUCCGGCGUGGGGCUCCUGAACGCUGGGAUCCUAAUAGCCGGCAUUAUAACUGUAUCCCCAGCAAGGAUUGCCACAGAAAGAAAGCACUUGGCAGCGGCGGAAACGUCAGACAUAUGAAAGAUGUGGUAGCUGCGGGCACUCGGCAGUGGUCUGGAAUCUGGGCAUUCUGCAGCGGCGAGAGCCGCGGGAACUCUACUCGUCAUUGGCACAGUAGUGGACACUUGGCUCAACACCGGUUGCCAUCUGGAAUGUCUGGCUAUGUUUUGGCACCUGGAAUGGCUGAGUAAGACGGCAUUGCCUGAGAGAACAUGUUGGAUGCAACUGUGGGGAAGACGGACAAAAGCAGGAACCCAGGAAUCUAAUGGAUGGAGAACACUGUCAAGAAAGUGGCAGUGAGAAUAUUGGACAAGAUCAUGGAACACCAAACACUAGAAAUGCACAAGAGCUCCAUCACUGUUUCCUAAAGGAGCCACCCAGUUGUGUGAGAGACCGUACGUCUACAACUAACUAUUUCCACACACCUGCCAUGAACAGAUCCAAUGGACAGAUACCGCCCCACGGAAGUGAUACACAUCAGCAACCAAAGUGUUGUCACUGCAAUCCCCAAGAGCGCAAGUCAAACUACACAGUACCCCAACUACCCGGCCAUGAAGAUCUGAGAACACUGUGUUCCCAUCAGUCUAGUGUCAAUCUUUCCACAGACACUUCACAUCAGGCCACAGAUUGCCUGUGGAAGCAGUGGGGAAAUAGCCAGAGGGCAACACAAACAAUGCAGCAUCAUGUAGUGACUGUAAGGCACGAUAAAGCAUUCAGGAUGCCAAAAAGUUACUCUCAGCUGAUAACUGACUGGCCACUACCCAUCUUGGCAGUCUGUUUGGUCCUGAUGUUGGUGUGUACGUUGGCUGGGCUCCUGAUUGGACAAAUGCCAGACUUUUCCGACCCUUUGAUGCAGGGUUUUGAACCCAGAGAUACAGAAAUUGGGAGGAAAUUAACAACCUGGAAAAAUAUACAGAGCAACACUGGCUACAGAAAGGCUCUGUCUGCCUAUCCGCAUGGCGAGAAGAACAGUUUGGAUGACCUUGAACCCAGCAGAAGGAAUGAGAAGCUAUUUCAACAAGUCCCCAGAAGAGACACCCGUUACCGUAGGAUGGUGGAGCAAAAAGAUGGAGUAGAUGGCUUUUUCUGUGGACCACCAGCAAAGAGCUACUCCCAACUAGUAUUCAUGUCUAAAACAGCAGGCAGUCUGUGGAACCUGCACGCAAUACAAUCUAUGUGCCGCAUAGAAAAAGAGAAGAUCCGUUCACACUCCAGUUUCCCAGAGCUGUGUGAACACAACGACAACAAGGAAUGUUGUCCCAGCUGGUCACUUGGAAACUAUAUUUCAAUCCUGUACAACCGGUCUUCAUGCAUGGAAAUCACGCAGAGUGACAUCUCUCACACACUGGUCCUUCUCCGAUCCUGCGCUCCAGAUUACCAUAGAGGUGCCCUCACUCCUUCCUGCAUAGGUUCUAGGUUGGAAAGAGAAAAGCAUUCUCAGUGUGCAAAAGUGCCUGAAAAGUGCACCCGAUCAAGUGCCGUUUAUCAGCUUCUCCAUUUUCUAGUUGACAAGGACUUUCUCAGCCCCCAGACCACAGAUUACCAGGUCCCAUCUCUGAAGUACAGCAUGCUGUUUCUGCCAGCCAAAAAAGGGUCUUUGAUGAUGGACAUUUAUCUAGACAACUUGGAAUCCUGGGAUCUCUUUGAUAACUACACAGCAAUCACUGGAAUGGACUUGGGGCUAAAGCAAAAACUCUUCCAGCACUAUCUUGUUUUGGAUACUGUGUAUCCAGUCCUGGCGAUAAUAGCUAUUUUUCUAAGUAUAUCUUUUUACUUGCGUUCUUUUUUUAUCACUUUUAUGGUCUUGAUGUCUGUUGUUGGCUCACUGAUGAUUUCUUUCUUUUUGUACAAGCUGGUCUUUAGAAUGACUUUCUUCCCCUUUGUUAACCUCAUAGCAAUUAUAAUCCUCAGUAGUAUCUGUGCAAAUCACACUUUUGUGUUCUUUGACCUGUGGAACCUCAGCAAGAUACAACAUUCUGCAGCUGGGAUGCUACAAUGGAUGAAGCAUACUAUGCACCAUUUUGGCUAUCUUAUGUUAGUAUCUUGUUUGACAAGUGGAGCGGCUUUCUAUGCCAGUUACAUGAGCAGUAUUACCUCGGUUCGUUGCUUUGCUAUUUACAUGGGAACCUCUGUAUUAGUCAACAUGGCCUUCAUGCUCACCUGGCUUCCUGCCACCAUGGUCCUUUAUGAAAGAUAUAUUACAGUCCAUUGUAAAACUUACAAAUCAGAAGAUUACUGGAACAGCAAUGGGCAUAAAAAGUUCCUUCUUUCUCUCUACCAAAAGCUUAGAGGUGUGCAGAGCACAUUGUCUGAAACAUCUAAACUGCUGUUUGAGAAGCUCCUUCCCUGUGGGGUGAUCAAGUUCCGGUACAUCUGGAUUUGUUGGUUUACUGCCCUGGCAGCCGGAGGUGCUUACAUCGCUUGUGUGAACCCAAAACUAAAACUGCCUGCCUCAGUUAUGUCAGCGGUUCAGAUGUUUCGGCAGAGCCACCCCUUUGAGAGAUACGAUGCUGAAUACUGCCACCAGUUCAUGUUUGAACAUCGGGAACAUGGAGAAGGACAGCAUAUGCCAGUUAUACUGGUAUGGGGCAUUACGCCUGUGGAUAAUGGAGAUCAUCUCAAUCCAAAGAUAAAUGAAACACUUACGAAAGAUGUUACUUUUACCCUCCGUAAUGCUGAUGAUCAGAGGUGGCUUCUGGAGCUUUGCCAUAAGGUGAGAAACCAAAGUUUUUACUAUUCUGAUCAGGAUAAAAAGUCAAACAUUUGCUUCAUGGAAGAUUUCCAGCGUUGGAUGGAAAGUCGUCAGUGCUCACAGAGUGACCAAAACCACAACCUUUGCUGUAACCAAUUCUCCUUCCCGUAUGCAAGUGAUUUGCUGCUUCACUGCAUAAACAUGAUGGUAAGAGAACAAGGAGGUGAUGGACCUGAGGCUUAUGACAUUGGACCCAGGUUUGAUGCUGAAGGUAACCUGACAGCCUUAGUUCUGGAAUUUCAUACAAUGUAUCAUUAUAGCUUCAAUUAUAGCAAAAGCAAGAAAUUCUACAACACUUUAAACCAAUGGCUGACAAAUGAACUAAAGAACGCACCACCGGGGCUCCAGAAUGGGUGGUUUACAAGCAACCUUGCUCUCUUUAACCUGCAGCAUACUCUGAGUACUGAGAUCAUGAUGAUAACUGGCUUUUCCGUGGCGAUUUCAUUCGUGGUUCUGUUGCUUACCACAUGGAAUGUCUUACUCAGUUUAUUUUCAGUUGCUGCCAUAGGAGGCUCAGUACUGGUCACAGUUGGUCUCUUAAUCCUUUUGGAAUGGCAGUUGAAUGUAGUAGAAUCCCUGUUUGUUUCCGUGGCAGCUGGUGUCUCUGUUGACUUUACGGUAAACUACUGCAUUUCCUAUCAUUUGUGUCCACAUCCUGACCGCCUCAGCCGCGUGGCAUUCUCAUUAAAACAGAUGAGCUGUGCCACAGCCAUGGGGGCCUCCACUAUGUUUUCCACUGGGGUAAUAAUGCUGCCAGCGACUGUACUGGCAUACAGAAAAUUGGGCAUAUUUAUUAUGAUGAUUAAAUGCAUCAGCUGUGGCUUUGCCAGCUUCUUUUUCCAGUCGCUUUGCUGUUUCUUUGGCCCAGAGAAGAAUUGUGGACAAAUAUUAUGGCCUUGUGCCAAUGGCCUAAAGGACUCUUCUGAUGAUCUGAGAUUAAAUGGCACAUUUGUUUGUGGUGGAAAUGAGAAGCAGGGCCGGCUAAGGAAAGUUCAGGAAUCCAACGCAGAAAAUGAACAGUAUGAGCUUCAGCCUUUAGCCAGAAACCUUAGUGACAGUUUUGACAAUAGUACUACAACGAGCAAGCUCUCCAAACGUCCAUCUAUUCUAUCUGAGGACAUGCAGUUGUCAGAGAGUAAGUUCCCAAGAAUGGGAACUCAGCAUAUUCAGAAGGAUGAAGUCCAAGAGUUCCAGGAUAAUACUGUUGGGCACAAAGUGUUUAGCCAGUGCCCUGCAUUGCAGACCUCUUCCCCCUACAGACAAAGUAACUACGGGACUGAGAGAGAGGAGCCUGAAGAGUCAUGCAGAAAAUGCAUUUGCCAGAGGGUGAACAGCAAGACAUGGAAUGGAUCUGUGGUGGACCAGCUCCAUGUACAUAACUCACAGUGUCAGACCCAGCCCACUAACUUGCAGAGCCCUAAAGGCAGCAGUCCCACGCACCAUUCCGCAGAUAGAAAUAUCCACAUGUAUGAAUAUUCUCGGUGCCUCUGUUCUAUGGGUAGUUCUUUUGAUGCCCUUGACUCAAACGAAACUUGUCUUAGUGAUUUUGACCAGAGCUCUAAAAUAGCCGACUCAACAAGCUGUUCACCAGAUUUUCUUGAAGUUCCCGACUCCCCCAGCCACAGUGAAAGGGGUCAUUUGAAUGGAAAAAGAGAAACUCUAAGACUGGCUCUAAGAGAAACAGUGUUUGAUUCACCUACAUGCUCAAAACAGACUAAUAUGUUAUGGAAGAGCCAGGCAAACCAAGGUAGUGAUCACUCAGUUGUGCUACCAAACAGCAAACCAGAUAUGCCUGAUGUCUGGAUAAAGAGGACCGGCGAUCAGAGUUCUGGCUAUAUCAGCUGAACAGGCCCUUAAAAAACAUUCAAGAAAGAACUGAAAACUAGUUUCUAAUUUCCCACUGUCUUUGAAGUGUGAAUAAUGAUUAGUAAUAUAGAAUCAAUACUUGUGUUCCCAAGCGAAAGACCACGUAAUGUUCUGCUGAGACAGUAUUUACAUACCACAGCCAUAUGGUGUAAUACAGCAGCGGCUGCAGCGCUGACCACGUAGUGCAGUGGGGAACCGCUUAGCACAUAUAAACAUGUUCUGACGUAUGUAAUAUAUGUGCUAGCUGGUUCCUCCAGGGAUCGGCAGCGAUCUGUGUAUCAGCCGCCGUGCGGCACACGGAACUCAACAUAAGGCUUCACUCUCCUUCUAAGCCCUCCCCCAGACUCCUGUGAAACUAGCCAAUGGGAGUCUCGGGGCGGGCUUAGAAGGAGAGUGUGCAGCUUUAUGCUGGGUGCCGCACGGGGCCUCAUACACACAGCGCUGCCAAUCCCCGGGGCAACAAGCCAGCACAUAUAAUAUCAUACCUUCAUCCCCCCCCCCCCAAACAUUUAUUAUGGUGGAUUCGGGACUUUGCCGCACCCGAUCUCGGAAAGGGGGUGUGGCCUAUGGAAAAGGGGGCAUGGCUUCACGGGAGUGCCAUGAUCACAAGCUACACCCCCCUUUUCAUCACUGAGGGGGCAUGCCCAGCACUCUGUGAGCUGCUGGCAUGCCCCCUCUCUCUCUGUCUCUUGUUAAUAGAUGCUGUGCGCAUGCCAGUGAGUGACAGGAGCCUCCCAACUGCCCACACUGCAGCCCGAAGGGUGGGACAGCGGGACAGUCCCUAUUUUUGGAAAUCUGGACAGUUGGGAGGUAUGCAUAUAUUACAUACAUCAUAACGGUAUCCGUUCACAUGGUCGACCAUGUUGUGGUCGACAGUCAUUAGGUCGACCGCUAUUGGUCGACAUUGACAUGGUCAACAUGGACACAUGGUCGACGCAUGAAAAUGGUCGACACAUGGAAGGUCGACAUAUGAAAAGGUCGACAUGAGUUUUUUUACUUUUUUUUCUUUUGGGGAACUUUUCCAUACUUUACGAUCCACAUGGACUACGAUUGGAACGGUAAAGUGUGCCGAGCGAAGCAGUAGCGGAGCGAAGGCACCAUGCCCGAAGCAUGGCGAGCGAAGCGAGCCAUGCGAGGGGACGCGGUGCACUAAUUGGGGUUCCCAGUCACUUUACGCAAAAAACGACACCAAAAAAAGUUAAAAAACUCAUGUCGACCUUUUCAUAUGUCGACCUUUCAUGUGUCGACCAUGUGUCAAUGUCGACCAUGUCAAUGUCGACCAAUAGUGGUCGACCAUAACAUGGUCGACCAUUCAUACCGGAACCCAUCAUAACAUGUAUGUUUAUAUGUGCUAAGCAGUUCUCCCUGCACUAUAUGGCCGUCGAUCUGCCACUGGUGUAAUGGUUAGCAUUACUGCUUCACAGCACUGAGGUUGAAGGUUCAAUUCCCACCAUGGCCCUGGAGCCUAUAUAUUCUCCCUGUGAUUGUGUGGGUUUCCGCUGGGUAAAUUAUACUGCUAGGUUAAUUGGCUGUUGACAACAUUUUUUUAGCCCUAGUGUGUGUGUACGUGCAUGUGAUAGGGAAUGUAGAUAGAGUGUAAGCUCCACUGGGGCAGGGGCUGAUAUGAAUGACCAAAUAUUCUCUGUAAAGUGCUGCGAAUAUGUGUGCGCUAUAUAAAUAAUUAAAAAAAUUAUAUACCUAUUUCAAUAAGAUUAACUUGCAGUGUUAAAGGGGUGCCAGUAUAACAAACAGAGCCUAUUUUCCAUUGCUCCACUAUAUUUUGAGCUAUUAGAUCACAUAUAAUUAUUACACUGAAAGACACAUAAUUGUACUUUCUUCUACUUAUUUGUGUAAAUAAUGCAUAAUAGUGACAUGUCAUUUUUAAGAAGCCCCAAUAACUAUCCACUGUGAGAAUGACAGCAGAUUAUGGGGGUCAUUCUGAGUUGAUCGCUAGCUGCAUUUUUCGCAGCGCAGCGAUCAGGCUAAAAAAAGGCAGUUCUGCGCAUGCGUAUGCGGCGCAAUGUGCACGCGCGAUGUACGGGCACAACGAACGAUAUAGUUUUGCACAGGGUCUAGCGAAGCAUUUCAGUCGCACUGGUGGCCGCAGAGUGAUUGACAUGAAGGGGGCGUUUCUGGGUGUCAACUGACCGUUUUCAGGGAGUGUUCGGAAAAACGCAGGCGUGCCAGGAAAAACGCAGGCGUGGCUGGGCGAACGCUGGGCGGGUUUGUGACGUCAAAAUAGGAACUGAACAGUCUGAAGUAAUCGCAAGCGCUGAGUAGGUUUUGAGCUACUCUGAAACUGCACAAAAAAACUUUGUAGCCGCUCUGCGAUACAUUCGUUCACACUUCUGCUAAGCUAAAAUACACUCCCAGUGGGCGGCGGCAUAGCGUUUGCACGGCUGCUAAAAACUGCUAGCGAGUGAUCAACUCGGAAUGACCCCCUAUGUCAAUUAACCAAACAAUAUCUGUGAUUGACAGUUUAAAUUCUUUUAGCAAAUAAGUGCAAUUGUACAACUUUCCAUAAAUGGGAUAGAUAUCCUCCCAUAUUUUACGGGGCAGCAGUGCUUGAGUCCCAUAAGCAGCUAAAUGUAUGAUGCAGCCACAAUAUAAAUGAAGUGACUUACAUAUUAUAAGUAACAGAUUAAAAUUAUUAUAAUUAAAAGAUGUAAUUUAAAAGGAUUGUUACCUGGGGGAGUUACCACAAUGUAGUAGUUAGUUGGGGAUAAGCAUACGUAUGAUCAUCACCUUUUAAAUGUUCAUCUGCUCAGACUGUAAAGAUUGAGAUAUACUGUAUAAUUAGUACCUGUGGGGAUUCAAACUGCUGGAGUUGAAUAAGGAAAUGAGGGGGUCUAUUCAUGAAGCAGUGAAAAGUGUGGAGAAG